AUGCCAAAACACGAGAUGACAAAAUCUGAUUCAUCCAGGAUCCAAUCCUCACAAGCAAGGGUUGGAGGCGACAUGUCUUCAAAAGGGUUUGCCGCUCGUGCUCAGGCUGCUGGUGACCAGUGGGCAAAUUCACAAUCCAGGUGCAGCGGGUACUUGAAUAAAGGCGGCGGCUCUUCUGAAUCUACAAAUUCUGGAGCUCAUUACACUAGCUCUACCGGCAACACCGAACAGUCCACACGAUAA